AUGUCUUCUUCAACAUUCACCUCCUCUCUCUAUCUGCUAACUUCCACUCUACUUCUCCAAAAUGUUCUUGGAAUUGACCCUCUCUACAGUAGUUGUUCAGGCAACGAGAAUUCAGCUGCUAAUUAUGGGUCUUAUAAAACAAGCUUGAAAGUUCUCAUGGUUUCUUUCUGCCAUCUUGCUCCAGCAAAUAAUAAAGGGUUUGCUCUUGGUUCUUUAGGUCAGAACAACCAAGACCGACCAUAUGGGCUCGUUUUUUGUAUAGGAGAUGUCUCACCUGAGAUUGCAGAAGCUGUGUUGCUAAUGCAACUAGGGAGAUCGGCAAGAGCUGCCCAAACAAGAAAGCAGCAAUCAUACUUUACGAUAACUGACUUCUUCGGCAAGAUAGAUAACGGAAGCAAUUUAUACAUAUACAACGAGCACAAUGUGAGCAAUCUAGUGGUAUUUAAUCAGAAGACUAAUGAAUUGUUGGGGCAACUCGCAAACAAGGCUUUUUAUUACACAACAAAAAUGUACUAUGCUACCGAAGAGAUAGACCUCGAGGGUAUUGAGACAAGAGCCGGCCACAACAAGCAAGGAAGAGAUAGACUUUGCUGCGUUUCAGAGAUAAACUUUGCUGCAGAGUUU